AUGAAAAACCACUCAGUGCCCACAGAGUUCAUCUUACUCGGGCUGUCAGAUGACCCAGACCUUCAGGUCGCUAUUUUUCUCUUUCUAAUGAUCACAUACAUAUUAAGUGUUGCCGGAAAUUUGACCAUCAUCACUCUCACCUUGGUGGACUCCCAUCUACAGACCCCUAUGUAUUUCUUCCUCAGGAACUUCUCAGUAUUAGAAAUAACCUUUACAACAGUCUCCAUACCUAGAUUUCUUAGUACAAUUAUCACCAGAGACAAAACUAUUUCAUACAACAGUUGUACAGCUCAGCUGUUUUUCUUCAUCUUCCUGGGCAUCACUGAAUUUUACCUCCUGACUGCCAUGUCCUACGAUCGCUACGUAGCCAUUUGCAAACCUUUGCGUUACACAACCAUCAUGAAUCAGAGACUCUGCAUGUUGCUUGUCUUUUGUGCUUGGAUGGCAGGAUUCUUCAACAUCUUCCCACCUGUUAUUCUUUUCCUCCAGUUAGACUACUGUGGCUCCAAUGUCAUUGAUCACUUUGCUUGUGACUAUUUCCCCCUGUUGCAAUUAUCCUGCUCAGACACAUGGCUCCUGGAAAUGAUUGGCUUCUACUCUGCAAUAGUGAUUCUGCUUUUCACUUUGGCAUUGAUAAUCCUGUCCUACAUGUUCAUCAUCAGGACAAUUCUGAAGCUCCCUUCUGCAAGUCAGAGAAAAAAGGCCUUUUCCACCUGUUCCUCUCACAUGAUUGUCAUCUCCAUCUCUUAUGGAAGCUGCAUCUUUAUGUAUGCUAAUCCUUCUGCAAAAGAAAGAGCAUCACUGACCAAAGGAGUAGCUAUUCUCAACACCUCUGUUGCUCCCAUGAUGAAUCCAUUCAUAUACACCCUCAGGAACCAGCAAGUGAAGCAAGCUUUUAAGGAUACCAUCCAAAAGGUUAUGUUCUCUGGUAAAUGA